AGGAUCUGCCCGACCUGCACGAAUACGCCUCGAUAAACCGGGCCGUGCCGCAGAUGCCCACCGGAAUGGAGAAGGAAGAGGAGUCGGUACAGCCAUUUAAACAGGGUGCAGUGUAUUGACAGUUCAAGGAAAUCAAGGAGUCGCAAGAUUUGUGUGCUACAAUUUUGUUGUGGAAAAUUGUACUGUAAUACUUCUAUUUGGUACUGUACGAAUUUUAAAUGUAGAAAUUAUGCUCUGUAAUGUUGAUUUUGAAAAUAAAGCUCUUCAAAUUGUUUGGGUUAUUUAACCUUUUAAAGUAAAAUAGUUCUGACAGUUGAAUGUUAUUUUUGAGAGUAGUGUUUUAAAUCUAACUUUACAGAUAAGCUAAGUGAUAAGUGCAUGUAGUAGUUGAGAUUGUCUGGUGUAGCACUGACUUUCAGCACUUAUCAGACAGAACCUCUCAAUUUAUUUUACUUGUGUCAACUUUAGAGUAGAUUGGUGCCAUUUAUUUUUUAAUAAGUGAUUUGUUUUUAAAAAUUAAAGUGCUUGUGACUGCAGAAUCUUGUCUUUUGGUUUUAUUUUUGUUUCUAAGUUUUACAGAUCAUACUUUCAAGUUGGGGUGUUGGUGUUAUACUGCCUUGGAAUUUAAUUUGUAGUUCUUGUUUUGCAGCCAGGGAAGGUGGGGAGAUGCUUUAUAAAAGCAAGGUAGCACUACGGUACAUGUUAGACAUUUAGUUAAGUCUUGCUUCUGAGUAUUUUGGACAGUCUCGAGCUACAACCUGAACUCCGAGCUGAACUCAACUAAAGUAUCAAUGUUUGUUAAAUUUUAUAGAUAAUUUUGUUCACGGAAAUAAUUUUGACAUCUUAUAGUGCAAUGGAUAUCAUUAGUAACAUGUGCAGUCUCUCUGAGGAACGUGAGGGAUUUUUAUUUCCCUUUAAGCUACCUUUUUCCAUCAUCUGUUUAGAAUUUGUUUCAAUUUACAUCCAGCCAAAACUAUGAUCAGUGAAGCAUAGACAUCAAGAAUAGAUACUGAAUUUAAUAAAAGGAUGUAAGCACUACCAAGUAAAUUGCUGCUGUACAGUCCUGGUUCAUGUUGUCAGUAGUAGUAGGCCAUAUAAGUCACAAUAUUGAAAAUAGCAUGCUACACAAUAUUGAAAAUGUAGGCUAAACAUAGAAAUAAUUGAAUUCUGAGUUAACUUUAGAAAAACAAAAAUAUUUUGAUAAUUUGUUGAAGCAUGAUGUACUUGUAAAGGUGAAUGGUUAAAACAAACUUUUGCCUUGGACAUUGAGGGUCUAGCUAAAAAAAGUAUAAUGGUAUGUUGAUCAUGAAAGAUGGGGCAGAUUUAAAUGACAGUUUUGUAUAUACCCCCUGAUUAAGAAAGCAUUUCAUGAUCAAAAUGUAUCUGCAGUAUUGUCAUGUGAACUGUCUGGUAAUUGUUACCAUAUUUUGUUUCUGUGGUGAAGGACAGACAAGUUCUAGGUCUUGCCACUGAGAAAAUAAAACUUACUAAUGUACUCCUAUUUAACCAAUUUUAAUAAUAUAAGCUGAACACAAUUAGGCAUGCCUCUUAAUUUUUAAGAAACAACUUUAGGCAGAAAUUCUCCCCCCCACCCCCAUGGCUUUACUCAAUUUUAGAAUUUAGUUGUUAUUUAUUAGUGUAGUUGGAUUGAAAACUCCAAAAAUUGUAAUAAAUUGAAGAACUUGACUGAGUCUUAGAUGUUUAGGGAUUAAAUGUUUGAAUUGGUACACUGUCAUACAUUGUAGCUUGCUAAGUCAAAAAACAACAUUUGAUGAAGUCUUGGAGUUGAUGAAUUACAGAAGUAAUUUUCAAAUAGGAAGUCAAUAGACUGUCAGUUCUAAAAUGAGAUAAAUGAGUCCCUUUGGGUUUAAAAAAGAAAAAUUUGGAUAAGUUGAGAGGGCAGAUGUUUGCACCAUUAUAAUAUUUUAACAUUUUUGUUAAGAUUAUAAUCUUAAAUUUGAGAUCUUAACUUUGAAGUUAGGAAUGUUGAAAUACUAAGUCUAGUGCCACGGCUUCUCUUUUAAUUGAAGGGAUAACUUUGCAAGAUGUUAGUACUAUUGGUGUGUUUUUAAUAAAAUUGAUUUAUGUUGGUUAGAAUUGGAGCUUUACAUUAAAGUAUAAUUCUGCUAGGAAAGACAUUCUGAAAACAUUGGUUUUAAAGUGAUAAUUAAUAAAUUGGAACUACCUGGUUCCUAUAGUGUAACUUUUUCAUUGGGAUGUCCAGGGUGUUGUGGCUCUAUUAUGAGUGGAGAGUUAACCUUUCUACUCCUAUUACCUAGUCUGAUUUGGGUAGAAUAGGUGAUGUAAUUGAUACUACCCUACACAGCUACCUUUGAGACUGUUAGAAAUAGGGUCUAGCCAUUAUAAUCCAGCACCUUGUUUUAAUUGGGUUCUAUCUGGACAAAAUGGUCUCAUACACCGCGUUUCUCUCCUCUUAGAACUACCAUCCAUUAUUAGGUCCUGUAUAUAAUGUUAUUAGAUCCAAGUUAAGGACUAGUUAUAAAGUGGACGGGUUUUUUGUUUGUUUUUAAUUAGGGAUAUCUCUGAAAUGAGGAAAAAUAAAUGUUACAUUUUCAAAAAUUGAUAAAAGUCUAGUUUUUCUACUUUAAAUGAUCAAUUUAAAUGUUUUCUCAUUUUUUGAAAUAAACCAAAAAUCUUUUUUUUCCCUUUAAAAUUUUAUGAACUAAGAUUUUUUUAGUCCUUUUAUUUGGAGCUGUAAAAUUAGAUUUCUUCCUUCUUUCUUGGAAGUGAAGAAAAAUAUGUGAAAUCUCAGUUACAGUAGAAGCAAAGUUUAAUUUUUACAAAUAGUUUGAAUUAGAAAGGACUCGAGAAUUUUUUUUUGCAUUAAGUAGCCAAUAACUAGUCUAUUUAAAAUCAAAGAUAAUUGAGAAGCAAUAGUAAAAUUUAGUUUCCAAUUUCUACCUGAAGAUAUUUUUUUAAUUUAUUUUUUUAGGUAAGCUAUAUGGCCAGCGUGGGGCUUGAACUCAUGACCCUAAGAUCAAGACCCACAUGCUCUACUGCCUGAGCCAAUCAGGUCCCCCCCACCAAGAUAUUUUUGAGAAAUUUCUAAGUUGUAAGGACUGCAUGGAAAUUAUUCUGGAAGUAGUGAAUUCCCACGAUAUGCAUAUAAAAUUUUGUGAUGGUAUAUUUUUCUAGGAGAAAAGUUCAUAUUUGUCCAUCAGUUUCUCAAAGCAUUGGUAACAAAUUGGAGCAGAAAGCUCAAGAUUAAGGGCUACUAACUCUCCUAGAAAUUUCAAGUGAAGUCAUUUUGGUUUUAUUAGUAUGACAAUUCUAUAGACUUAUUAGAAGGAUAAUUCUAUCCUUAGCUAUAGGCAACUCAGGAAGAGACGACUCUUUUCCACCCCCCCCCCCCUUUCUUUCUUAAUUGGCUUAAGGAAGAGACUACUUUUAACUGCAAAAGGAACCUCUUGAAAACUAUGGUUCCUAGGUGCCUAAAGAGCUCUUGUUUUGGUGUACUAUUUGAUAUUUAAAAUUUUGGAUUAAUACCAUUUGAACUUAGAGUUCAUUUUCUUAUAAAACAAUGGUAAUGAAAACUGACAGGCUUACAUACCUAUCAUGUUUUGUAGAGGCUUUGUGAUCUGUAAUGGAGUUUGUGCUGAACUACCAUUUCUUUCUUUUAAUCAACAGUACUUAAUUAAAAAUACUGUCUAAAUGUAAGGUAGCUAAAUUUUGUAAACGAGGAAUAAUCUGUACUCACAGGUUCAUGAAUUUGUGGGUAGAUUAAGUAUUAAACCAACAGUCCUAAAAACUAGGUUUUAGUUUUAUAUUUUGCAUACUACUACAUCACGGUAGUAAAAACAGAUGAGAUAGAAAGAUUUGGAAUCUAAUAUAUAUGAUUCAGUUUUCCUAAAAAGUUAAGGGUAUUUCUUAUCAGUGGUUGGUUAAAACAGCAGUUUUAAAGCAAAAGCUAGCAUUUAAAUGUGUAUUUAUUUGAUAGAGAGCACAUGUGCAUGCUCAUGCUCUUGAGCAGGAGAGGGGCAGAGAGAAUUUCUAGCAGGCUUGACAUUGCCCUGCGCAGAGCCUGAUGCAGGGCUCCUAUCUACUGACCAUGAGAUCAUGACCUGAGCCAAGAUCUCAGUUGGCUUAACCAACUGAGCCACCCAGGCACCCCCAAAAGAUAGCAUUUUAAAAGUAACAGUAAUACCAUGGGAUGAAGACAUAGUUUGUAAUUCUGCUUCUUAAGAUAACCAGCAAGGAAAAGAGAAUUUUAUAUUGUAAUUUGGGAGUGAAAUGAGUUGUGAGUUUCUAAGUGCAAAGUGGUAUGAAAAUAUGAAAUACAAAGACAGGAGUAGAGUAUUGUCUUUUACUUUUUAAAGUAAAUUUUUGAACCCUCAAAGUAUGAUUUACGUUAGUGUUUUGUAAAUUUUUUGUAAGAAUAUAUCAAUUUAUUGGGAAAUCGAUGAGAAAUGAUUCAAAUAUUUUAAAUAAGUUGCUAGAACUACUUUCAAUGAGUUGCUUGAAGCUUUGUCGUCUGCAACACAUUUGUAAAUUUUGGCAGGUCUUGAUCAAGUUUAUGUAACUUAAAGCCUGCGAUUAUAGGAAACAAUUUUGAGUUAUUGAGUGUUUUAAACAUAGUGGAGACCCAACUUUAUACCUUUAAAUAUAUAUGAAGUGAAUUUCAUCCACCAACCCCAGUGUAGUAGGUAGAUGAAAAACAAAAACAUGUAGUUAAAUCUAUUAUGACCCAUUAUUUGAGUUGUAGCUUUGAUGAAUGGGGAUGUAAUCAGUUCUUUGAAAGGUUUCGGUCAGCUUCUGUUAAUGCAUGGUGACAAGUUUGCUGAAUUUUGUAACAGAUUAUUAAAGCAGAUUUUGGUUGAAUUCACUUCAGUAUAGAGUUCUGGCUGAAAUGACAUGGCCUUAGAGUGAAUCCAGGGGUAAAGAUAAUGUGAGAUUUAAAACAUCCCAUCAAUGAUUUAAUAGUUUCAAUUUUUUUUAUAUAUUGGGAUGAAUUAUUUUCAGUAUUUUAGAACCACAAGUAGCAGUUGUAUAUUCUCUGAGAAAAUGUAUUUUGGCUUUUGUGGCUUGCUUACAUUUACACAAUCCCUUGUAUUUGGGAUUAUCCAAUAUGAAUGUGUUAGAUAUGUUCUUUGUCCUUGUAGCGUUGUAUGUAGUUGCAAAAAGUGUGUCUUUAAAUUUGGGUAAUAAUUUGAGAAAGACAAUUUUAUUUUUAUAUUUUUAAAAAUAUUUAUCUUUGAGAGAGAGAGAGAGAGAGAGAAAGAGAGAGAAGGAGACACAGAAUCUGAAACAGGCUCCAGGCUCUAGGCUCUGAGCUGUCAGCACAGAGCCCGACGCAGGGCUCGAACCAACGAACCAUGACAUCAUGACCUGAGCCGAAGUCAGCCACUUAACCAAGCUGCCCAGGCGCCCCAGGAAAACCAAUUUUAGACUCAAGGACUCGUGCAGCUUCCGACAGUUGAGUGUAUGCACACCUGCUUCCACUCACCCAGGUUUUCUUAACUGCAAAGUGAAGUAAGGCUAUAGUAAUUUCCUGUUGUAAUGAGUAUAUUAUGGUCUGUUUCCAGAAGUAUUUUAUGUGUUUACAGAAUAGUCAUUCCAUCUUGAAUUAGUUAAUAAUUUCAUUUGCAUAUUAUAUAAACAUAAUUUACAUGGAAAUAAAGGUAGUCUGGGUGCAGGGAUAAUUGGUUCCAGUUUAGUCCAGAAAGACUCACAAGUUCUAAAGGAUUUAAAGAACAUAAACGGGUGCUGUAGUCACAAAGCUUUUAUUGUUAUGAGAAUUUGAAAUUAGAGCCAGAAUUGUGUAGUUGUGGUUGCAAAUUUGUGUUUCACCUGUAAGAGUCUAAAGGGAAACAGAAUUUGUGUUUCACCUGUAAGAGUCUAAAGAGAAACAAUAUAAAUAUGGCUGUUUUGAAGCCUGAAACAAGAAUUUGAUCAUUAUUCUAAUAGAUAGGUGGAGAUAUUUGAGAUGAGGUAUGUUGUACACAGACUGAGAAAAUGUAGAUUAGCCCAUUUUCAAUCACUUUUGUGGCAAAUACUUGUGCAUUUGCUUUGAGGCAAGGAUUGUUAUAGUUCCCAUGGUUACAACACUGAACAAACAGGGUUCCUUUUUUCAUGGAUCUUACAUUCUAGAAUAUAGGCUGUAUUAGGGCAGGAAUUUUUGUCUUGCUUUAUUUCACUGAUGUGUUUUCAGCACCCAAAAGAGUGCCUGGCAUGUAGUAAGUGUUCAAUAUUUGCUUCAUUGAAUGAAUUCUGUAAUGGGGAAACACAAAAAAGGCAAAUGACAGUAAAAACUAUAACUCUUAUGUUCCACUCUUAACAGUGGAACAAGUUAAUUUCAGAUGGAAGGAGGAAGAUAGAGUUUUCUUGGCAUAGAUGGUCAAGGAACGUUGGAUCUGAACCUGGAAUGGUGGGAACGAGCCAACCCUUUGAAAAUCUGGGUGAAGAACAUUCCAGGCAGAGAGACCCACAGAUGCAGAGAAUAUGAGUAUUCUGAGUCCUCCCCUGAGUACCAGCCAGAACGCAACCGUACAUGGGGAAGGCAAAAGAAGACAAGAAGGAGGAAUUAAGGCACAGUAGAAAGACCAUGGGGUUCUGGAGUCAGAUCUUAAUCCAAAUCCUUCUUCCACCACUUCGGGAACACCAUCUUCAGCGGGCUAUUUCAGCACAGCAGGUGUAUGGCGAGAAGAGGGAUAAUAUGGUCAUACCAGUCCCAGAGGCAGAAAGUAAUAUUGCUUACUAUGAGUCUAUCUAUCCUGGGGAAUUUAAGAUGCCAAAGCAGCUCAUUCACAUACAGCCUUUUAGUUUGGAUGCUGAACAGCCUGAUUAUGAUUUGGAUUCUGAAGAUGAAGUAUUUGUGAAUAAACUGAAAAAGAAAAUGGACAUCUGCCCAUUGCAGUUUGAGGAGAUGAUUGACCGUCUAGAAAAAGGCAGUGGUCAGCAGCCAGUCAGUCUGCAGGAAGCCAAGCUACUGCUAAAAGAAGAUGAUGAAUUAAUUAGAGAAGUUUAUGAAUACUGGAUUAAAAAGAGAAAAAACUGUCGGGGGCCAUCUCUUAUCCCAUCAGUAAAACAAGAGAAGCGAGAUGGUUCCAGCACAAAUGAUCCUUAUGUGGCUUUUAGAAGGCGUACUGAAAAAAUGCAGACUCGAAAAAAUCGCAAAAAUGAUGAAGCCUCUUAUGAAAAAAUGCUUAAGCUGCGUCGAGAUCUGAGUCGGGCUGUUACUAUCCUAGAGAUGAUAAAAAGAAGAGAAAAGAGUAAAAGGGAGCUAUUGCACUUAACACUGGAAAUUAUGGAAAAGAGGUAUAAUUUGGGUGACUACAAUGGAGAGAUCAUGUCUGAGGUCAUGGCACAGAGACAACCAAUGAAACCUACCUAUGCCAUCCCCAUCAUCCCUAUUACUAAUAGCAGUCAAUUUAAACAUCAGGAAGCAAUGGAUGUGAAGGAGUUUAAAGCAAAUAAGCAAGAUAAAGCUGAUCUUAUCCGACCUAAACGUAAAUAUGAGAAGAAGCCCAAAGUCUUACCAUC